CCGGAGGGCGCGCACGGCCACAUUGCGGCGGCCCCCGGGCCCCACCAUGGCCUACAAGCCCCACUCGGCCGCGCACAUGCCCGGCGCCCUCAGCGCGGCCGGCAGUGUCCACGCGCCCUCCACCAGCAUGGCCUCGUCCUCCCAGUAUCGACAGCUGCUCAGUGACUACGGGCCGCCCUCCCUGGGCUACACGCAGGGAAGUGGCAGCAGCCAGGUGCCCCAGAGCAAGUAUGCAGAGUUGCUGGCCAUCAUCGAGGAGCUGGGCAAGGAGAUCCGGCCCACGUACGCGGGCAGCAAGAGCGCCAUGGAGCGGCUGAAGCGAGGCAUCAUCCAUGCCAGAGGUCUGGUCCGGGAGUGUCUGGCCGAAACCGAGCGCAACGCCAGGUCCUAGCGGCACCGCCAGGAGUCCAAGGAAACAUGGAAUUCUUGUUUUCAAAAUGUAACUGUUUCUCUUCCUGUGGUUCCUUAGGCUGGGAACCCCGAGAAGGCGUCCUUCCCAGUUGAUUAGAAUUUGCAUUUUUGAAUAGUUAGCAACACUCUGGGUUUGUUUCUGUUUUUCCUUUAAGCAUCGACUCAAAAGGUGCCGGAAACCUUGGCCUUGGCUGUGGCCUCAGCUGCACAGACCUGAGCG